AUGUCCUCUUCUUUCUCCUCGUCAUCGCGAUCGUUGCAUCGGACGUUCAGUCCUCUACUCUCCAUUGAGCCGUCAUCUGACGCUUUUUUGGACUCAGAUAUCCAGUCUCUUUUCAAUGAGCCUCGUAAUAGCUACGACACUACCGUUCGAAGACCGCCGACGCUCAGGCGUGUAGGACCUCAAGGCAGGAAGAGUUGGAUCCUGUAUGAACCAAGUUUAGAGAGGGAGUUUCUAGAAUGGUGGGAGAAAACAAAUUAUGGUCAGAAGCUACAAGAAGAUGGCCAGUCCCUGAUCAAAUGGUCCACCGAGUCACGUCACGCCGACGUCUGGAAGCACUUUGACCAAGUAGCUCAUAUCGAUACUGGACACCCCCGAGUUCUCUGCCAAGCCUGUCUUACUUUGCUUGAUCACCCGCAGCAUAGAAAGAAUGGGACAAGCGCUAUGAGCAGACAUCAAAAAUCCAAUACUUGUCGCAGAGGGAAAAAGAGAGGAUCUCAUCAAACAUUACUCUCAGAUGCGUUACGAAAUCAUUCCGCCAGUGAUGCGCCAGACAUAGACAGGCUCACAACGUUUGAACUCGAGGAGCAGCUGCUGAGAACUAUCACCUGUCUGCGGUUGCCAUUCCAGACGGUGGAGAACCCUGUGUUCCAAAGGCUGCUCAACCUCUUGCACUCUGGCCCGGAGAAACUGGAAAUUCCGUCAGCAAAGACCCUACGAAGGCGACUUCGGAAUGCAGUGACAGCUCAACAGGAUUCGCAGUUGCAAGAAUUGCCUGAAGAUGCAAAGGAGUCCCUCGCCUUGGAUUGUUGGACCAGCCCCUUCCAGCAGGCAUUCAUGGCAAUCACCAUUUAUUUCAUUGACAAGAAUUGGAACUAUCGGGAAAUGCUUCUUGGCUUUGAGCCAUUGGGUUUUUGCGGGCGGGUUUGGGCGGUGGGCGGGUUUUGGCGAGGCCUACGUCCAGCACACAUUGUGAUCACAUGA